AUGGCGGAGAGAUACAUACUUCGCGUCACUGCGGGCGCCGGCUACGACGAGGCAUCACACGUCAUCGUCCCCGUUAACAGAGCAGAUCCCCUCAUAAUCGAAAGUGAUGUGGCCAACGUUGAGCUGAACGUGAGGAUACAAAACUAUCAAGGAUUGCCUCGCGGGUCGCCGUCGACGUCGACGUAUUUCUUGAUGGAACCACAUGCCUACAACCAAGACCAGUACAGCAUCUCCUUUCGAUUCACCCCGCACAAACCUGCGUCCUCGGAAGAGAUUGGCAUCAGCGGAACCGACUUGCAGUUCGGCAAUGACUUUGACCACCCCAUCCGUGAUAGGCUGCCGCCGGGAUUCAACACGGCCAUGAGCAUUGUCAAGUGGUGGAUUGACCCUGGGCUCGAUGGGGAUGCUUACGCGGACCGGCCACACCUGUAUGGUCCCGCUCUCAGUUCCUUCAAUGCCAUCCACGUCGGACAAGGCGAGUACGACGAAGAGAAGGGUGGGCUUUGGUUCGAGGAGGGCGGCGAUGACAAAGGCAAACAGGCGAGGGCCGACAAAGGCAUGCCUGACAACAGCAAGGCGCGCAUGAAGUGGGCGCUUCGGGACGACAGCAAGCAAAAUUGGGUCUUCGAGUAUGGCCAGACGUACGGCCUCGACUUUUUCAACCCCUACAUCGACUUUUCCACCUUGUCGCUCAGGCUGCCAGGAUUCCAGCUUCCCAUUGUCAAGUACUGGGACGGCCAGGGUCUCAGGCGCUCACAUUCACUUAGAUACGUCCUGCGGAAUAAGAUGACAGGUGAAGUUUAUCUGGUACUAGUAUUCACCAUCUUCCUCCACGAGGAUGUCGACGAGCACGGCUUCAUCAAGGAGGGUGCGGCCGAGCGGGCCGUGGCAGCAAGCGGAAAGAAAGGACGGAAACGUGAGUCGCCCAACAAGGAGAAAGCUCCGGACGAGGCGAUAGAGAAGUUAGACUCAUGGCAGGAGACGACACUGAACGAUGUUGACUAG